UCAUCCUUUCACGUCUAAACGGCAACACAACCCGAGCAACAAACAAUAUAAGUGGCAGAGCGGUGCGCUUUUUUCGUACGAUCCCGUUAUUGUUGUGUGUGGAUUGAUUAUUUUUUUUAGUUUGCUACGAACAAAAAACAAAAUUUUUUUUUAGAGAAAAGAGAAAGUGCAUUCAACUGAAAGUGUACAAGUUCAAGUUUCAUAACAAAAACUAAAAAACGAAACGAAAAAACAAAGAACAAAAAGGACUUUAAACUGUAAAGUUUUAAAGCAAAAACUAAAAACAAAAACGAUAACUAAGAUUUAACGAAAAAAUUUCGCAUUACGAAAUUUUACUACGAAAACCAAAAACAAAAAAGCUACAAAUUAACAUACCAAAAGUGUUUGCAAAAAUGUCACAAAAGAAAGCGAUUUUCGGUGUAUUGUGCUUAAUCACAGUUGCUGCUGCCCUACCCGCCGAGGAGACACGCGGUCAUGCACGCAACGCCAUCAGCGGUGAUAAUGACAUCAUGGAUAGCAUCUACAGUGACUGCCUGCGCAAGGACUCUGUGUCGUGCGUCAAGUACAAGCUCUUCAAUUUCGUCGACAAAGUGCUCUCCGCACGCGAACAAUUCUCGCUAACCGAAGGUGUGACGGUGGUGCGUUCACCCGAUGCGCCCGCCACUGAGGCUGCACGCUCCAUCUCCGGCGAUGAGUCAUUCGAAUCGUUGGCCCUUAACCGCAUCUCUGGCUUCUUGAACACACACACCAUCAAAGUAGAAUUGAAGGGUGCCGACAUUGUGCAAGCCGUCAGUUCGACCGGACGUGCGCUGGAAGAUGUUUCCGAAUCGUUAUUCGGCGGCAAUGAUGAUCCCAAUGCACCCGAAGAGAGCCGUGGCAAGAAGAAGAAGGCUGCCAAAAUUUUGGGUCCCAUUCUGGCGCUAGUCGCACUUAAGGCCGCCGCCCUGCUGCCACUCUUAUUGGGCGCGAUCGCUUUGAUUGCCGGCAAGGCUCUGCUCAUCGGCAAGAUCGCUUUGGUGCUGUCCGCUGUGAUUGGUCUGAAGAAACUGUUGUCUCAAGAGAAGCAUGUCACCUACGAAGUGGUAGCACAUCCACAUCACAGUUCAUCGCACUCCGUUAGUCACGACGCGUACGGCAGCGGCUAUAGCGCAGAUGCUGGCGCUUCCGGUUCAUAUGGCAGCUCCGGCCAUGGUGGCUGGGGACGCUCGCUCGAUGCACAGGACUUGGCCUACGCUGCCCAAAAGCCACAAGCAUAAGUGACGAGAGAGAGUGGGAAAAAGAGAUUACAAAUGACAUUUAGUAGGGGCACAAUAUUUUGAGCUACAACCCAACGACACAUACAACGAUUCGAACUACGUUUUGGACCAGUGGACAGGCGAAACGACCGGCAGUAAAGCAAAAUGCGAGUGGCGCGAAAUAUGACACUGAAAUUUUUUUGGUAACUUUGGGAAUAAACAAAGCCAUUUGGUCGCUGCGUAACUAGACACGACGGAAACAACAAACAACAACAACAAGCAAAAACAUAACAAAACAAAUUCUAAUUAUAUUAAUUUAUUUGCUAACUAAUUUAUUUAAUUUAUUUCCUACUUUUAAUUUUCACAAGCGAAAACUUAGACAAAAAAUUGAAUUGAAAACGUGUAACCUUGACCUGCUGGGGAUCAAUGGGAACAACCACUAAAUAUUUUAGAGAAAAACUCAAAAAAAAAAAAAAAAACUAAAAAAAUACGAGAACAACGAAUGCAAAAAUAUGCAAAUAUGCUAAAGGAAAACAUUUACAUAUAUAAAGAAAAGAAAAAACGAGUAUAGAAAACCGAAAAACUUGUGUGUGUGCAUUUCUAUAACAUAUUUAUUUACAUAUACAUACAUUUUAUCUAUAAAGUAAUUUAUGUAAUUAUUUAGUAAUUUUUCCAUUAAGCUAAGCUAAAUUACAAACUGUUUAAGGUUAUGUAAAAAUUAGCAGACAAUAUGAGAGACGAAGUCCGUACCUUAAUAUUUAUAAAUUUUCUCUUCCAUUUUUGCACAGCAACAAUGUGCGUGUAUCGCACAUACAGCUUAGUAGUGGCAGUGCUUAAAGGGAAACGCUUCUAUUGCAUUUAGCGCGUUGGCAAGGCGGCUCACUUUGUGCUGACCCCGGGCUGGCAAGACUACGAGCGGCAGCAGAUCAACUAACUUAUCUACUGCCACGGCGUACCACAUGCGUGUCCGCGCACACUCAACACAUACAUAUAUACAUAUGGCAGAGUAGCGCACUAAGUGCAUUUUAACUCUUCUAACUGUGCUCAACUUCAACUAUUAACUAUUUUCCAUUGUUUUCAUUUCUUUGCACUUACAGUUUCAACUUUCUUACAACUUUCGCAUCUUCAGGUUCAGCCAGUUAUGUUUCUAAUUCAUAAUGUUUAACUUUGCUCUGCACUCGAACUCGAACUUAUCUAGGCUUGUUUUUAAUUUCAGCUAACUUCAUUGCUCAGUCUUCUUUCUACUUAAUCUAACAUUAAACUGCUAUCACUCACUAACUGUUUCUGCCUUACACUUUUCGCAUUUAGCAUACUUUGUAUGUCCUAUCAGACAACAUUGUUUACUGGCACUUUUUCCGGUCAUUCCGGCACUUGUGUCACUCAUUCCAGCACUGCAUACAUAACAGCGAUUUCACAUACAGAUACAUUCAAAAAGAAAAAACGAAAAAAAAAAAUCAAGCAUACUUCUCUCACAACUUCAUCUACUCUAUCGCUCUAUUUUCAAAUACUUCUAAGACUGUUCUUCUUUUCUCAUAAGCUUCAUUUUAGCUCAUUUCCAUGCUCAUACUCAUUUUUAGCUUUCUCGUGUACAACUUCUGGUACAAUUUUAUCCUAGCUUUCUGCCUCUAAUUCUACUAUCUAUAUUAAUAUACUUUCAGUUAUAAUUCUAGUCUUACGUAUAUGCAUAAAAAUAACAAAAAAAAAUAAAUUAAUAAAAAAUGCGUGAGUUUCUAUUAGAGCAAACACAAUAGCUCUAUGUAAUAUUCUCUAAAUUUCACUCUCUCUUUCUCGCUCUCACUCUCACUCUGAAUUCUUGAAAAAAUACUCAUUAAUUUCUAAGCACUUUGUCUAUUUUCAUGCCGUUUAACAUCACUCAUUCUAAUUGAAUGCAAUAAUACUCGCUUGCUCACUAUCUCUCUCACACUUUUUCUCUUCCACCUUCUCUCUCUCUUCAUCUUAUCUUUUACUCUCUUUUAAAUCUAUAAGAAUAUUUCUACAAGCUAAAUGCUAUUUAUGUCAUCUUUAAUGCUAUGCGUCACCAUUCAAAUGGUGUUCAUAGUUUUCGUCUUCGUACGCCAUAACUUGCCAUAGUUUUCUAACUAAACAGCUCACCUAUUCAGCUCUCUUACACUCAUUCACUAUCACUCAACACAUACUUUCACUCAAAAACUGAUCUAUUACUUUAUGUCCUCUUAUAUUUACAUUUAAUUUUUCAUAUAUACUCAUUUACUUUAUAUUUCAUGUUUAUUCUACUCUCGAGUUCAUUUACUCGCUAUUCUUUAACUACAGCAUAUUUCCACUCAAUCCUUAAACUACAUACACUUCUACUCAAACUAAACUUUUCACAUUCUUCAUCUUAAAUUUUCACUUCAUUAUUUCAACUAUUUCAUUUUUCAACCACUUAACUCAAAUUCAGCACUUCUCAACAACUUUAUAACUUUUUCAGCAAAACUUUCCAAUAUCGUCUCACCGCUCAGCAAAUUUUCUUUCAUUCAAAUUACUCAUGCAAGCUCUCGCUACUUAACUCUACUUUCUCUCACAAUCUCUACUUCUCUCUCACUCUCUCUCACUUUAUUUCUCACUCUCUCUCUCUCUUAAACUAUCUCUACUUCUAACGCAUGCACUCACCGUUUGAAUGAGUCACUACUCACUUCACUACUUCAGUUUACCCUCAUUUACUUAACUCAAAGGGUACUCAUAAUCACAAGUUAUACAAUAAAAAUAGCGAUAGACAUUUAAGUAUUUAUUGAUUCCAUCUUAUUUAUUUAAAUGAAUCUAAUUUAUUGACAUUAAAUAUUUCACAAAUAUGUUAUGAGAGAAAUGGAGUAGCCCUCUUCAAGUGAAAUGUAAAACAAACUGUAAAUUUUAAAAUGCUAUAAACCAACAAAGAAUAUCUGAUUUAAAUAUCAAGAGCACACACUCAAUUUAAAUGCAUAUAACAGUAAUUGUUAAGAUAA